UCAGAAUAAUGAAUAUUUUCUUAGAGGAAUACCGAAUGGCUGAGAAGCACCUAAAGAAAUGUUCAACAUCCUUAGUCAUCAGGGAAUGCAAAUCAAAACAACCCUGAGAUUUCACCUCACACCAGACAGAAUGGCUAAGAUCAAAAACUCAGGUGAGGAUGUGGAGAAAGAGGAGCACUCCUCCAUUGUUGGUGGGAUAGCAAACUGGUACAACCAUUCUGGAAGUCAUUUUCCCUACUUUAGACUUAUGAUAGCUGUAGGCUACCAUGGAAAGGUCUAGGAUUAAGGUGGCAUUAUUGCGUAGAGCACUGAAUGAGCACCUCUGCAAAGCAAACCAAAUCAGGAAUACGUUCCAUAAGUAGUUUGUAGAUGGAGGUGUUAUUUGAGGGGAGAAGAGUGAAGCAUAACUUGUGAUUUUUUUUUGUCUCCUGGAUUCAUGGAAACUUCGGACCAGAAGUUGAAAUAAGGAUUGUUUCUCUGUGUUUACCCCUUUUUGGGCCAUUCCUUAAAGUUGUCAAUAGUUAUGGCCAGAAUUUCCAAAUGGGAAAUCACUCUUUACAUGCCAGGGAGCGUGGCUUUCUGAAAUAGAUUCUGCAGCCGAAAAGAACUCUGAGUGUUUUCUGAGGAGGGCUGACCUCUUUUCAUGCCACUUACUGUGAAUUAAAGCUGCCAGGGAGAACUAGUUUGGGCAUGUGGCAUAGCACUUAGCACCGCUGCUGCCAGGGAACAAGACUUGUGUUUCUAAGGAGAUACAACAAAAAGUAGAAUGCUUCAAGAGCCAGCGGCUGUCACUGUGUAAAAGUAUCUACGUUGAGAAAGGGAAAUAGAAGCUGAAUUAAGUAAUUUUAUAUACACAUUACAGGGCACCAUUCUGCUAGUAAUUCUUAAAUUCAAAAGCAAAUAGUUGUGACCACAAAGGGCUUAGUACAUCUCAGCUGAUCUAAGCUUGCAGACUCAAACUGGCUAUGAUCGGUACUGACCUGAGCUUUGCACGUGAUUUUAAGAUGCCCCGACUCUUGUCUGUUAUUUUGUUGGGUUGUAUUAAUAACAGGGAACAAAGGGUGACUUGUCAAGCAGAGGCUCAGACAGCUCUUGACAAGGUAUUCUGAGUAAAGACGGGAGGAAAGUUCUACUUUUAACAACUAGAGUAUCAAAAACAGAGCUCUCAGCAGCCUCUUUAAAUGCCCAGAUGAACCUCUUUGCAAAUGUUCGCUCCUUUUGCCGGUGUGGUAGGAUGUCCUGGGAUUUAACUGGAUGAAGUAUCGCCACAGGAUAGAAAUCACAGGGAGAGUGUACCAAGGAAAAAUUACAGUACUGCUAUAUUUACCUAGCGCCUCUGUACGAGGGUUUUAUUUUCCACAGUUGGAAAGGGAACCACCUGUCUCCGCUGCUGAUGUCAGAGAGCUCCCUCGAGACUCGGGCUGUUGGAAAGCACAUGAUACUGUACAUAUUUGCUCUUACGUCCAUGUCUGCCCGGGAUCGGGUUUCACAUUUGUGUCCUAUUGUGGAAUUCAUUGAGCAGUGACUCCCAGGUGCCCUCCCACGUCACUGAGCUCGAGUGAAUUAAAACGUAGCUGGUUGCAGGACCCUGUUGUGAGUCCUCUCUGGACUGGUCAGAGAAGGAUCUGCACCACAAUAGAACGAGUGAUAUGGAUGUCGGGUUUGUCAUCCAUGGAUUCAACUUUGAAAUGUGCUGCCCUGGUUGGUGAGGACCAGCCUCUUUGCCCAGAUCUUCCUGAACUUGACCUUUCUGAACUUGAUGUGAAUGACCUGGACACAGACAGCUUUCUGGGUGGAUUGAAGUGGUGUAGUGACCAAUCAGAAAUCAUAUCCAACCAGUACAACAAUGAGCCCGCGAACAUAUUCGAGGGCACCUGUUAUUCAAACAAAGAAUCUGGAAAGUUUGAGAGGUCUAGAAGAUCUGGGUUUGUGCAAAACUACCUUACAAAGGAGAACAUGUUUAAGAAGAUAGAUGAAGAGAAUGAGGCAAACUUGCUAGCGGUUCUCACAGAGACACUGGACAGUCUCCCGGUGGAUGAAGACGGAUUGCCCUCAUUUGAUGCACUGACAGAUGGAGACGUGACCACUGACAACGAGGCCAGUCCUUCCUCCAUGCCUGACGGCACCCCUCCCCCUCAGGAGGCAGAAGAGCCGUCUCUACUUAAGAAGCUCUUACUGGCGCCAGCCAACACUCAGCUCAGCUACAAUGAAUGCAGCGGUCUUAGCACUCAGAACCAUGCAAACCACACCCACAGGAUCAGAACAAACCCUGCCAUUGUUAAGACCGAGAAUUCAUGGAGCAAUAAAGCAAAGAGCAUUUGUCAACAGCAAAAGCCACAAAGACGUCCCUGCUCAGAGCUUCUCAAGUAUCUGACCACAAACGAUGACCCUCCUCACACCAAACCCACAGAGAACAGAAACAGCAGCAGAGACAAAUGUGCUUCCAAAAAGAAGUCCCAUACACAACCGCAGUCGCAACAUGCUCAAGCCAAACCAACAACUUUAUCUCUUCCUCUGACCCCAGAGUCACCAAAUGACCCCAAGGGUUCCCCAUUUGAGAACAAGACUAUUGAGCGAACCUUAAGUGUGGAACUCUCUGGAACUGCAGGCCUAACUCCUCCCACGACUCCUCCUCAUAAAGCCAACCAAGAUAACCCUUUCAAGGCUUCGCCAAAGCUGAAGCCCUCUUGCAAGACCGUGGUGCCACCACCAACAAAGAGGGCCCGGUACAGUGAGUGUUCUGGUACCCAAGGCAGCCACUCCACCAAGAAAGGGCCGGAGCAAUCUGAGUUAUACGCACAACUCAGCAAGUCCUCAGUGCUCAGCCGAGGACACGAGGAAAGGAAGACUAAACGGCCCAGUCUACGGCUGUUUGGUGAUCAUGACUACUGUCAGUCAGUCAAUUCCAAAACGGAUAUACUCAUUAACAUAUCACAGGAGCUCCAAGACUCUAGACAACUAGACUUCAAAGAUGCCUCCUGUGACUGGCAGGGGCACAUCUGUUCUUCCACAGAUUCAAGCCAGUGCUACCUGAGAGAGACUUUGGAGGCCAGCAAGCAGGUCUCUCCUUGCAGCACCAGAAAACAGCUCCAAGACCAGGAAAUCCGAGCUGAGCUGAACAAGCACUUCGGUCAUCCCAGUCAAGCUGUUUUUGACGACAAAGUAGACAAGACCAGUGAACUACGGGAUGGCAACUUCAGUAAUGAACAAUUCUCCAAACUACCUGUGUUUAUAAAUUCAGGACUAGCCAUGGAUGGCCUAUUUGAUGACAGUGAAGAUGAAAAUGAUAAACUGAGCUACCCUUGGGAUGGCACGCAGUCCUAUUCAUUGUUCGAUGUGUCGCCUUCUUGCUCUUCCUUUAACUCUCCGUGUCGAGAUUCAGUGUCACCACCGAAAUCCUUAUUUUCUCAAAGACCCCAAAGGAUGCGCUCUCGUUCGAGAUCCUUUUCUCGACACAGGUCGUGUUCCCGAUCACCAUAUUCCAGGUCAAGAUCAAGGUCCCCAGGCAGUAGAUCCUCUUCAAGAUCCUGUUACUACUAUGAAUCAAGCCACUACAGACACCGCACACAUCGCAAUUCUCCCUUGUAUGUGAGAUCACGUUCAAGGUCACCCUACAGCCGUAGGCCCAGGUAUGACAGCUAUGAAGCCAAUGAGCACGAAAGGCUGAAGAGGGACGAAUACCGCAGAGAGUAUGAGAAGCGGGAGUCUGAAAGGGCCAAGCAGAGAGAGAGGCAGAAGCAGAAAGCAAUUGAAGAGCGCCGUGUGAUUUACGUUGGUAAAAUCAGACCUGACACAACGCGGACAGAACUGAGAGACCGCUUUGAAGUUUUUGGUGAAAUUGAGGAAUGCACCGUAAAUCUGCGGGAUGAUGGAGACAGCUAUGGUUUCAUUACCUACCGUUACACCUGUGACGCUUUCGCUGCUCUUGAGAAUGGAUAUACUUUACGCAGGUCAAAUGAAACUGACUUCGAGCUGUACUUUUGUGGACGGAAGCAAUUUUUCAAGUCUAACUAUGCAGACCUAGAUUCAAACUCAGACGAUUUUGACCCUGCUUCCACCAAGAGCAAGUAUGACUCUCUGGAUUUUGAUAGUUUACUGAAGGAAGCUCAGAGAAGCUUGCGCAGGUAACGUGUUCCCAGGCCGAGGAUGACAGAGAGAUGGUCAAUACCUCACGGGACAGCGUGUCCUUUCCCAAGACUCUUGCAAGUCAUACUUAGGAAUUUCUCCUACUCUACACUCUCUGUACAAAAAUAAAGCAAAACAACAACAACAACAACAACAACAACAACAACAACCAUACCAGAACAAGAACAAGAACAAGAACAACAAUGGUUUACAUGAACACAGCUGCUGAAGAGGCGAGAGACAGAAUGAUAAUCCAGUAAGCACACGUUUAUUCACAGGUGUCAGCUUUGCUUUCCCUGAAGGCUCUUGGUGACAGUGUGUGUGUGUGUGUGUGUGUGUGUGUGUGUGUGUGUGUGUGUGUGUGUGGUGUGUACUUGUUUGAGAAGUACAUGUGUACACAUGUGAGGACCUGGGGGCACCUGACCAGAACGAACAAGGGCGAACCCCUUCAAAUGGCAGCAUUUCCAUGAAGACACACUUAAAACCUACAACUUCAAAAUGUUCAUAUUCUAUACAAAAGAAAAAUAGAUAAAUAUAAAUUCAAAGGAAAGAAAACUCACAGACCACCCUAAAAUGACACUGCUGAUGCCUGCUGUCAGCCUCCUCCGGUACCGUCUUUUCAGAAAGUGCAAAACCCAGAAAGUGCAAAACCGACCUGCAGCAAGCUCUCUCUUAAUGUAAUGAUUAUGUGACAAUCCCGAAGACACUACAGGUUCCAUAGAACUCAUAUUCAUCUCUCUCUCUCUCUCUCUCUCUCUCUCUCUCUCUCUCUCUCUCUCUCUCUCUCUCUCUCUCUGUCGCCUUUGCCAUGGAAUCUGGGUGGGAGAGGAUACUGCAGGCGCAGAUGCUAAACUUUCCUAACAUUUUGAAGUUUCUGUAGUUUGUCCUUUGUCCUGACACCUAUGUAUAUGUCCAAAAUGUUGAUCUUCCACUGCAAAUUUUGAAAAGCCUUGUCAUUGGUCAAGCGGGGAGUGUGUUCAGUGGUUCCUUCUGAGGAGCAGACGUGGUGUUACAUGACUACUGAGAGUUGAGUAGAACUCUCUGGAUGUGUUCAGAUAGUGUAAUUGCUACAUUCUCUGAUGUAGUUAAGUAUUUACAGAUGUUAAAUGGAGUAUUUUUAUUUUAUGUACAUACUCUACAACUAUGUUCUUUUUUGUUACAGCUAUGCACUGUAAAUGCAGCCUUCUUUUCAAAACUGCUAAAUUUUUCUUAAUCAAGAAUAUUCAAAUGUAAUUAUGAGGUGAAACAAUUAUUGUACACUAACAUAUUUAGAAGCUAAACUUACUGCUUAUAUAUAUUUGAUUGUAAAAAAAACAAAACAAACAAAACAAAAGACAGUGUGUGUGUGUGUGUCCGUUGAGUGCAAGUCCAACAAAAUGGCGCUUCACGCACAUCCAUCCCUUCUUAGGUGAGCUUCAAUCUAAGCAUCUUGUCAACAACAACAAAAAUCCUAGGCCCCUCAAGGUAUUAACCACUUCUGCAAUAUUUUUCCACAUUUUCUUGUUGCUUGUUUUUCUUUGAAGUUUUAUACACUGGAUUUGUUAGGGGAAUGAAAUUUUCUCAUCUAAAAUUUUUCUAGACAAUAUCAUGAUUUUAUGUAAAGUCUCUCAAUGGGGAACCAUUAAGAAAUGUUUUUAUUUUCUCUAUCAACAGUAGUUUUGAAACUAGAGGUCAAAAAAAAUCUUUUUAAAAUGCUGUUUUGUUUUAAUUUUUGUGAUUUUAAUUUGAUACAAAAUGCUGAGGUAAUAAUUACAGUAUGAUUUUUACAAUAAUCAAUGUGUGUCUGAAGACUAUCUUUGAAGCCAGUAUCUCUUUCCCUUGGCGGAGUAUGAUGAUGGUAUUUAAUCUGUAUUUUUUACAGUUAUACAUCCUGUAAAAUACUGAUAUUUCAUUCCUUUGUUUACUAAAGAGACAUAUUUAUCAGUUGCAGAUAGCCUAUUUAUUAUAAAUUAUGAGAUGAUGAAAAUAAUAAGUCAGUGGAGACUUUCUACCCAGGGUGCAUGGCGAUUGUCAGGUUGGAGUGUACUUUCUUCAUUUGGGAAACUCAGCUCUCACAGAAGCAGUGUAUCAUCUCUCACCAGCAUGGCCUCUGAUAUGACCAUGAUGUUGUUCUUGGUGACAUUGCUUCUGUUAAAUUUAAUAAUAACAAUAAUAAAUGUCAGGAAAAAAAACCCCUCCAUUUUGAGCAUCAGGAUGUCAUCUAAGUAUGGAGUCCCUGCCAUGGAAGUCACUGAACUUUGGAGUGUAUAUUUGAUUUCCAAAUUGAGAUACAUUUACUGUUCGGCUGACAUGAAUUUUCUGGAAGGUGUGAUAGACCUACUACUUAAUUUUUCUUUUUCAUUUUUUUCUCUCACCCAACACGAUCUUUAAAAUGGGUUUCACCCCCCAGGCCAAUGCAGCUAAUUUUGACAGCUGCAUUCAUUUAUCACCAGCAUAUUGUGUUCUGAGUGAAUCCACUGUCUGUCCUGUCGGAUGCUUGCUCAAGUGUUUGGCUUAUUAUUUCUAAGUAGAUAGAAAGCAAUAAAUAACUAUGAAAUAAAAGAAUUGUGUUCACAGGUUCUGCGUUACAACAGUAACACAUCUUUAAUCCGCCUAAUUCUUGUUCUGUAGGUUAAAUGCAGGUAUUUUAACUCUUUGUGAACGCCAAACUAAAGUUUACAGUCUUUCUUUCUGAAUUUUGAGUAUCUUCUGUUGUAGAAUAAUAAUAAAAAGACUAUUAAGAGCAAUAAAUUAUUUUUAAGAAAUCAAUAUUUAGUAAAUCCUGUUAUGUGUUUAAGGACCAGAUGCGUUCUCUAUUUUGCCUUUAAAUUUUUGUGAUCCAACUUUAAAUACAUACGUUCUCUCGUUUGCCCUGGAUCAUGGACAUGACUGAAAUAUGUGGUUUCUUUUCUUACUUAUCAAAAGACAAUACUACAGAUUUCAUGUUGAGGAUUCAUUGACCUCCCUCACCCUCUGGCCUGACAAAUCUUGUUACCAUGAAGAUAGUUUUCCUCCGUGGACUUCAAAUUGCAUCUAAAAUUAGUAAAGCUUUUGUAUCUUAUGCAGACACUGUGGGUAGCCCAUCAAAAUAUAAGCUGUAAGCUGUGUUCUUUUCAUUUCUUUUUUUACUUCUUUUGGGAGAGAAUAUUUCCAACAAACACAUGCACCCCACCAUCAGGGGAGGCAAAUUUCAGCAUAGAUCUAUAAGACUUUCAGAUGACCAUGGGCCAUUGCCUUCAUGCUGUGGUAAGUACUACAUCUACAAUUUUGGUACCCGAACUGGUGCUUUAGAAAUGCGGGGUUUUUAUUUAAAAAAAAUAAAAAGUAAUGUAGCAGAAUAAUUCUUUUAGUGCAACAACUCAGUUUUUGUAAAGGACUCUGAGAAAGGUUGGGCUGUCAACAUUCAAAGCAGCAGCGAGGGAACUUGGCACUAUUGGGGUAAAGUGUUUGGGUCAGUUGAAAAAAAGGAAACCUUUUCAUGCCUUUAGAUGUGAGCUAACAGUAGGCAAUGAUCAUGUGUCCUUUUUUGAUGGCUGUACCGAGAACUUCAAUCACUGUAGUCUAAGAUCUGAUCUAUAGAUGACCUAGAAUAGCCAUGUAAUAUAAUGUGAUGAUUCUAAAUUUGUACCUAUGUGACAGACAUUUUCGAUAAUGUGAAAACUGCAGAUUUGAUGGGGCUACUUUAAGAUUUGUAGGUGAAAGUGUGAUACUGUUGGUUGAACUAUGCUGAAGAGGGAAAAUGAGUGAUUAGUUUGAGCCCUUGCUGGCUCUUUUCCACCUGCCAAUUCUACAUGUAUUGUUGUGGUUUUAUUCAUUGUAUGAAAAUUCCUGUGAUUUUUUUUUAAUGUGCAGUACACAUCAGCCUCACUGAGCUAAUAAAGGGAAAAGAAUGUUUCAAAUCUA